UGUUGCAUGAGGUGUGUUUUACAAUAGAGAGAGCGAAUGAUUGAGUGUUACGUUUGUGUAUUGCGUUAUUUAAGUCUGAAAAUUUUCAUAUAAACAGAUGUUGUGAGGCUAACUUUCAAUCAUGCUCGCCACGAUACUGUUUGAUAAGGUUAGCUGGAAGUGUCAAAACGAACUGUCAAUGUGUUCUCAAGAGCAGCAGUUGCGGCCGAAGCCGCUCGUGUACAAAAAAAGUCUCAAGUAUCACCAUUGGUCGAAAGAAUAACGUCUUCAGAAUAUGAAAUAAACCAAAGGGCAUAUAUUUUGCAAAUAUUGUAUUUUAAGAAAUAUUUCGAACACAAGACAUAAAAGAUGCAUCCAGAGUGUAAAAAGUUAGGUCUUCCACUUGAUGAGGAUCACAGUCAUUGUCAGACCUGCAUUAAAGUUAAAGAAUGCAAAGCAAAAGGACUGAGAACUGAGAAAUGUGGUAUUAUUGACUGCCCAAAUGAUUGUGGAUUUAUGUUCCACAAAUGCAAAACGUCAGAACAUUUACUAUUGUGUCUGAAUUUAAGAGUUCCUUGCAUUAAUUCUGGAAAUGGGUGCCCAUUUACCAUGCCUCGCAAAGAGAGGGGAAAACACUUGGAGACUUGUCCUGCCAGUGUCGUCGUGUGUACAGUGGAAUGGAACCGUUGGCCAACAUGCAAGAUGAAAGGACCACAUUUGCCUCGACAAUCACAUAAAUCAGGACAACUAGAUGCCGAUUUAGCCCAAAGUGAUGAGCGAGCCUUAGUAAAGUCAUUUGAAAAUCCCAUGUGGAAAAGACAGUACCGACACUGUUGUAAUAAUUUCUUCCCAGCAAUUCCUGUAUCAAAGGAGAAGGAUGGUAUUGAGCUCGUUUUCAAUGACACACAAGAUGGACUUUCUUCACAGGAGAGCUCUCCAGCUGUUCCUGUAUCGAAACAAAUUGAUUGCAAUGAAGGAACUUUUGUUGAGGCUUUAGAUGGUUCAUCUUCUCCAGAAAAAUCUAUAGGUCAGCUGAACACCAGCAGCAGCGAUGAUGUUACUGAAUUUGAGUCUGAUCAAGAGCAAUGCAGUUCUUCCACAAACAAAAGAGUCUAUAAUUUUGUGUCAAAUGAGACACCAGUUUCCAGUACAUCAUUGUCAAAUAAUAUUGAGGCAGAAGCUGUGGAGCAGCACAGUAAUGCAAAUGAAAAUGGUAUUGAUACUUUUUCAGAGAUUUCUUCAGUUGUUCUGCCUUUGUCGUUUUCAUUAAGUCUUACCAUUGAUAGACUCCCAAGAAGUCAGAGCAAACCAAUGGACAUAUACACAUUCUUAUGUGCUCAGGAGUUCAGACGAGAUGAUUAUGGUUGGCACUAUAAGAAUGUACACUGCGAUAUUCAAGGUGGAUUGGAUGGAUGGGUGGAAUAUCGUUGCCCAUUAGCACAGUAUGGCUGCACAUACAGUAUUAAAAGAUUGCACCCAUGUAAGUUGGGAGCAUCUGUGAUUCACAGUGAAGAGCUUGAAAGUUUUGGAUUCAAGGAGACUGCUAACAGCAUUGAAGAAUCACAUUCAGAUUCUGACCAACAGCAGCUGCAUUUGGCUGAACUGCCAUUUGAGUUACUGAGUCAAAUAUGCUUAUACUUGGACUCAUUCAGCUUGUGCAAUCUCUCAAAGACCUGUCGUCGCCUGAGAAGUGUAUGUUUCUCUCGUCUGAAAGAAAGAGGCAUAAUUUUGCAGCAGUGGAACAAAAUUUUAGUCAAUGGAAGAGUUUCUUGGGUGACCAGCAAAGUGAAAUGGGUAUUCAGUACUGCAUUCAGCCCUAUUGAGGGCUGGGUUCACACAAACUCAGGAAAUAUGUCUGACCAUUUACAUCACUGUGCUUAUAAUGUCAGACAUUCGUAUGAUGAGCAGUAUUAUCGAGUAAUACCACAUGAGCUAACCCGCCGAAUAGAACUAAAAUGUUCCACCCAAAACGUAACGUUAACACACAUAGAGAACGUGUGGUGAUGCAGUAACUCAGUAUAUCUUGUAUGAGAGGAAUAUGGAUAUCAUCAAACCUCGCAAGUGUGACAUCUCCAUUUAGAAGUUGGUUCAGAAGCACCAAACUUCUUUUGUGGCUUCAUUAAAGUUUUCCAUAUGUGUCCCUGUCUUUAAGCAUCUAAUGACAUGACAAGAUCAAAAGAAAAUAGUAUGACGUAUACUGAUGGAGAUGGAAAUGUGAAGACUUUUUUUCAGUACUAAGAUAACUACUGCCUACAGUAAAAGUUUAAUUAACGCACUGCCCAGGUUUUACAUUUAAUAUUGGAUAUUACUUGUUAUUUAUUUCUUACUAUGGCAACAUAGAACUGAAUUAUAAAGUUCCUUGUACUACCCUUUUUUAACAUUUUUUAAAAAAUAUUUAUAAUGUGCAAUGUUGACAUUUUUCUUUGUAAUGAAGGAAUUGUGAUGUGCAACAUAUAGUGAAACUAACCUUCUCAACAUUGAAUUAUGUGCAACCAUGUGAGUCAGAUUUGGUUCAUAGGUAAAGCACAGUCCUUUUUCUUUACUUUCUGUUGAGCAAGAGCACUGCCUAAAUAGUACUUACUGUUGCUAAAUAGGUUGUUGCUGCUGAUGUAUGAACAUAUAUUGCACAUUAUGUUGUUCUAAUUUUUUAUUUCUAAAAUAUGUUAUUAGUAUCGAUUUAUUAAAUUGAAUUUAUUCCUGUUACAGGCACAUUUGAAAGUUUCCAGAACUGUCAAUUUCAAGACUGGUUCUGCACAGCCAUCCUAUUUUGUUUUCAGAUUCCUAACACCACCUCAAUGUAUUUAAUAGGUGCAGGACUUUUUUAUGUUCCUUACUCAGUGAUGCUUCCAGUUAAUGUUUGUAGCUUUUGUCAGUUACUUCUCUGUCUCAGUAUUUCAGUCAAGCUUUCUUUAAGAGAUAAUUCAUUUUAUUCCAGUUUACAAUUCCUAAAGCUUUCUUCAAAUUUUUGUGUCAUAAAAGUCUCUCCAUUACAAUUAACUGUAAGAGUGUGUUUGCUUCCUAAAAGUCUUUACUUUUUAUAUGGCCUAAUAAAUUGUUCUCCAAUAUCAGUCUCAGUUUUCUGUGCAUUAAACUGACAAAGAGGUGACAGCUCAUUUCAUAAAUUUCACACGUAGGGGGUUCAUGUUCUUUUCUAAGCAUGGUGAUCACUGAAAAUUUGAUAGUACAUUUCUUGUUUAAUAGAUUAUGGACAGAGAAAGAAUAUUGCAAAAUUUCUUAACAUGUUCAUAGUUCUACUAAAAGUUUUCCACUUUCGUUUCUUUGCUCUUAUUGUUCAUUUAAUUUUAAACGGUUUGAGCCACUGGUUUCUUUUGUAUGGAGGUAUUCUUAAUUCAGGUAAUAAAAGAAAUUUUGAUUUUGUAAUUACAAAUGGCAAAAUGAUUGAAGUUUUAAAAGUUGUUUAAAAUAUCUGUCCCAUAACAAUCUGUCUCAGUCUUUAAGGAUUCUUCUGUCCCAUAACAAUCUAUCUUGGUCUUUAAGGAUCUAAACAGCAAUAUUAGAUCUAAUCAAAGAUAAUGUAAAGUGUUUCUCUAAUGGGCAUGAUUUUAUGUAUGCAGUCAGGCAUGAAUUUGCCCAAAAAGUGUGGACCCAAAUCCCCAUCUCGCCAUUGUGAUUGAAGUAAUUACCAUUAUGAUUUCUAUAAUAUUCAUGGCCAGUUUUCUUCUUCUUCACCCAACAUAGCUUGAGCUAAACUUUAGUGUCCACAGAAUAUGCAUUUAGAUUGUUGAGCAUAACGUUAAAGGAUAACUGAUUCCUUCCUACUAUCCUGCGGAAGUGGUGGUGCUACCAUUUUACAAGUGCUUUAAUACAGCCAUGGUUCCACAAGGUAAAACAUGUUACUUGUUUCUGAUGUGAUAGUUAUACACCGAUUUUUGUGACAUGAUCAAUUAAAAUGCAGCAAACAUCAAUAGAUACAAAAAGCAGCAUGCCAGAACAACUUAAUACCUCUGAGACUAAUAAGUACAGAAAACUGACUUGAUAUUAUUAGUACUAGGACAGUGAGUAUUGCAUUGAAGAUAGAGAAAGUAGGGGUGAUCAAGAGCUGAAAACUAUUAGACUAUUUCAAAUUAUAUUGGAAAGUGUAUCACAGCUUAUUCAUUGCUUAUUCUGUAAAACAAUGGGCAAAGCAUAUUAAUAGAGCUGUCUUAUGCUAAAGGAAAUUAGAGAAGUGCUAUACUGAUUGUGUAAUUUAAACAAUAAAAUUGUAGCUGAUUAUAAAAUAGCAUUGCCAGUAACAGAAAACAUUUGCUAAAAUAUUAAUUCAUUGCUUAAAAGAAAAGAAAAGAAAACAACAACACAGGUGCAGAUAUUUAAAAAUAAAGAAUAAAUAUUGAAAAUAGAUUGUACGGCAUUGCUUGUAGUGCUCUGACAGACUCUACAUAAUGGCUGACAUUGUAUUGUAAUGUGACUCAUUUGCAGUGUUUGUAUCAUUGUUGUUGACAUAAUAUCAAAAACAGCAUUUGGGUUGGUCCCUGUGCACACAUUGAAGUCGCACAUCUGUUUUACCACACACUAGUUUUUCCAUCUUCUUUUAAGAUUCAGCAAGAUCUUUUUCUCACUAAUUUAAUCAAAAACAUUAUUUAUUUAUUGAAAUUUUCAGUGAUCACUCAUUUCCAAUUCUUCAUGGAUGUCCAGUAGUAGUCUGUCACUAGCUCUAUGCAAGACGCUGGAAGUUGUGCUAUAGGUUUGCAGCAAUAUGUUUCUCUUUUUUUUCCCAUAUAACUAUCAACUGUUUUAUACUGAAAUAAGAUCUGAGCACUUACACUACUCAAGAAUGUAUUGUUUCUCUAAUUUGGUUUAGAAUUUUUUUCAUUGUUUUAGCCAAGAAAAAUGUGUACUGUAUGAUAUGUGCUCACAUAGAAUGUGAGCAUCAUCUUUCUCUGGUUCAAACAUUCCAUUCAUCAUAAACUGGUAAUAAAUCUGCUGAUGAUGAACUUAGUGGGAAUUGUAGGAGCAAUAGUGGUUUUCUCUACAUUAUCUGGCAGCUGCUAG